AUGAUCAGCGCAGCCGUGGUCACGGCAUCGGUGCGCGUGACGCUACUCUCUGACAUCCACUACGACCCCCAAUACGGCACCACAAAGGCGUUUUCGCAGUGCGUGACGUCCAACAGCUCGGUGUGGGGUGUGGCCGGGUGCGACACGUCUCCGCAGCUCAUACAGCGGGCACUGGACGAUGUGUCGAGGCAGGGGACGAGCUUUAUCUUCUACGGCGGUGACUGGCAGCGCCAUGAUUAUCACAACAGCGGUCUGGCCCCUGCUGCCCUCUUCACGGACUUGUCAGAGCGCUUCCGCAAUGUGACGGUGGAUGGGUCUCAUGGCACGGUGGCUUUCAGCGCCUCGCUUGGCAACAAUGACGUGGUGCCGGACUACUACUUCGAGUGGGAGAGCGCAGCGUCGGUGCAGGAACUGACCGCCCGUGUGCAGGCAAUGGAGACCGCUGGAUUGCUGACGGCGACGGAGGCGGGCGUGAUGGAGAAAUGCGGGUAUUACACGUAUGAGAAGGCGACGCUGCACGUGAUUGUGCUGCACACACUGCUGUGGGCUUUCCGCUUGCGCCCCUACCUAUCGGAUGCUGUCGCCGACCCGUGCAGCCAAUUUGCCUUUCUCAAAUCAGAGCUGCAGAAGGUGCGCGAUAGCGGAAAGCGUGCUGUCAUUCUUGGCCACGUCCCUCCUGGUCUGGACACCUACAAAGUGCUGAAAGGAGGGUUCAAGACACCGCCGGAUGACUUGUACUGGAAACCGGAGUACCUGAGCGCAUACGAUGCUAUUAUCUACGCGUACAAGGACGUUGUGGCGCUUCAGCUCUUCGGACACACGCACAGGUUCGCGUUGCAGGUGUUUCCUGCAAACGGCGUGCUCAGCAUCAUCCUCCCUGCCAUCUCGCCCAUCUUCAGCAACAAUCCCUCCUAUCUGCUGGCCGACUUCCGCGAGAAAGACUGGUUUCUACAGGACGUUCGGAUCCGCUAUUCGACUCGGGACGGUGUGUUUCACGCGGGUACGUCGGCGAAGGCGGCCUUGAAGAUUUCCGCUGACCUUGCCUCACUGCCGCAGCUUCGCUCGGCCGUCAAGAAACUGGCCACCGACGACGAAGCGUGGAAAAACUACCUACAAAUGUACUGCGGCGGUGAGACGCGUCCUGAAGUCUUUCCAGGGGAGGCGUGCGAUGCCCACUGCCGCUACGUGGUGGUGUGCUCGAUGCUGGAGAGCAACUACACAUCCAUUCAGAACUGCGUCGCCGACUUUUUCGCUGACUCCUCUGAGGCGCCGUGUCGCACUUCCCCUGGCGUGGUGGCCACGAUCCUCAUUUUUUCCGUGAUGGUGCUUGCCGUGGCUGUCCUACUGGUGCGCAUGGCCCGCAGCGGGCAGACAACGCUGGCGUGCCACAAUUUCACGAAGGUGGGGUGGUGGAGGUCCUUGCUGAGCAUACGACCCACGUCGUCGAUCGUUGUCGAGACGGAGCUGCACGUUCCCGCCUAG